AUGAAACACGAAGACACAGACGAUGAUGCGCGCAGGCAGUCUUCUUCCACCUCCACCACCACCACCUCCUCCUCCUCCUCUAUCCCGUUCGCUCACUUAUCCUUCUUCAAAUCUCUUUCGAAGAACACCAACGCGACACAAAUUGGAAACGACAACGACGGCGGGGAAAAGAAGAAUCAACAACAACAACGACAGCAGCAACAACAAACGCAAGAGAACUGCUACCAGUGCAGACUAGUUGGCACGAGCGCGUGCGCCGUAGCCGCGAGUGUCGUGGCGUACGAUCGAAUUUUAGGAACGACGAAACGGCCUCUCGCGCAUUCUCUUUUGUACGGCGCGUUUGGCCUUGGAUUUGCCGGAUUAGGUGUGUUGCGUUGGAACGAUUUGACGUUCGAGGACGCCGAGGAAAUGUGGCGGAAGCUUUUUUAG